AAUACAGAACAGUAUAAAAACUUGUGACUAACGAAAUAGAUUUAGUAUAACGGUAGAAACAACAUUCAGAACACGGCUAAAAUAGAUGAACUUAAAAUUCAAGUUAUCUACACGAAGUUCUUUUAAUAUUUUAUUAUUAACACCAGUUGUGAAAUUAACAUAAUAUAUUUGUAAUUUACGUUUAUAUUAUUCACAAUUAGUUGCAUAUAAUAACCAUAAACUUAUAGGUAAGAUAUUCAAGUAAAAGUUAUUCGUAAUUCCGAUUAUCAUUUACAGUACUUCAAACGUUUCUGUAACGUUGAGAAAUCUAUAAUGGCACAUCAAUGUGGUUGUGGAGCAUCGCACGAAGAAGGAGAAUUGGGAGUACAAUAUAAUUUAUAUAAAAAAAUUGAUAUAGAAAACAUAGAGGUUUUAAAUGAAUGCGAAGAAGGCAGUGGAGCUGCUGUGUUUAAACCAUGGGAAAACAGAUUGGAUAGAACCAAAUAUGUUGAAAGUGAUAUGGAUAAUGAACUUCUAUUUAAUAUUCCUUUUACAGGGAAUAUAAAAUUAAAAGGUCUUAUCAUUAUUGGGGGAGAAGAUGAUUUACAUCCAAAUAAAGUUAAAUUAUAUAAAAAUCGGCCAUAUAUGACAUUUGAUGAUGCUGCUACAGCACCUGAACAAGAGUUUGAACUAUGUGUAGAUACAUAUGGAGUUCAUGAAUAUGCUCCUAAAGUGGUGAAAUUUUCAUCUGUACAUCAUUUGAGUCUGCAUUUUACCGGCACCGAGGGAAGUGAGAAAAUAAAAAUUUAUUACAUUGGAUUAAAAGGAGAAUGGUCGCCUGGGCAUCAACAUGGCGUUACUACUUGUACUUAUGAGUUACUUCCACAAAUGAGUGAUCAUAUGCGAGAUAAUCUUGAAGAUAUUGAUAGAGCAAUUAGCUGAUUUAAUAAUAGGCAGCUGAUACAACUACUAUUUAUCCUGUAUUAGGAAGUCAAACGAUUCUGGGAAGUAAUAAAUGUUUAUAUUUAAAUGAA